AUGGUAGAGAUUAGGAAGCAACAGUCUUUGAGUGGUAUGAAGAAACCAAAGAGGAGCAACAACACUUUAUCACAACCUCAAGAAACCCAACCUUUGAGAAAAGUUAGGAUCAUUGUCAACGAUCCUUACGCUACUGAUGAUUCAUCCUGCGACGAGGAAGAGCCUAAGCAGCCUCGUAAAGUGAAACGCAUCGUUCGUGAGAUCAACUUUCCACCUUUGGAAUCUGCUGCUCGUAUUGAGCCUUCUUCUGUGAGUUCUUCUCAGGAUAGUACUAAGACUACUAGUAAGAAAGCAACUGUUGUGCCUCGUCCUAGGUUGUCUAAGAAGCCUGUUGGUGUUAGGCAGAGGAAAUGGGGGAAAUGGGCUGCUGAGAUUAGACAUCCAAUUACUAAAGUUAGGACAUGGUUGGGUACUUUUGAUACUGAAGGUGAAGCUCAUCAAGCUUAUAUUGACAGGAAGAUUGAGUAUGAUGCACUUGUUGCCGCUGCCUCCACUACAACAACUACUACAACUUCUGUCUCUGUGUCUCAGAAUGCUAAGCCUGCUGUUUCCUCAUCUGAGACUACUAGUCAAUGCUCUCGCUCUUCACCUGUUGUUGUUCUCACUGAGCAAGACACUUCAGCUUCAGCUCUCACUAGUGCCAAUGCUAAAGAAGAGAUCACUCUUAAGGUCACUAGUGCUACUAAUGCUGGUGUUGAUUCGAGCAAGGAUGUGUUGUUCGAUUUCAACUUUGCUGAUCUGCAAAUCCCUGAUCUUGGUUUCUUUGAGGAAGGACCAAUGGCUGCUGGUAAUGACCUAGACUUUGAUUGUUUCCUCACUGAUGAGCAGCUUGAUGAUUUCGGUAUGCUCGAUGACAUUAACGGAUUCGAAGACAGUGGUCCGAGUGAACUACCGGAUUUCGACUUUGGAGAUGUGGAAGGGCUUGAGUUAGGUGACUCUAAUUUCCCAUUCCUCGAUCAACUUCCCCCGAUCAACAUCGCUUCUUGCCCCAUGAAAAGUUUUGCAGCUUAA